CCUACCCUCUCGUCACCUUAUUUCGAUUCCAUACGCGCCAAACAUUGUAGGCCAUGAUAAAUUUGACGCAAGCGCUCCAAACGACAUGUUUACGACCAUUCUGAACAGAGUGUCUUAAUUUGUAAAGCAACGCUUUGAUUUAUUCGUUUUAAUUGUUAUAUUUAGCCUUUUUAGAGCAAAGAACAAAGCAGUAUCUCCGUCUCCAAGGCAGCGGGAAGUAAACGGAAAGCAACCGUGUGCUAGCAGGACAUUUGCAUAGUGCAUGCUGCGAUGUGGCUGACACGCGACCGGAGGAUCACCCCCAGGGGUGACAUGUGUGUUGCUGAUGCUGACUGUAUUACCGGCAGUCUGAUGAAGAAUGAUUCCUUCUGCAUGAAUCAGUCCUUCCCCUCCGAAAGGAACUGCACUUUAAAUCCCCUGGAUGCAACAGGUGAUUUAAAUGUUGGCACACCGGUGGCCAUGAGGAAUCUUCAGAUAUCGGAUCUUCAAGACUCUCACCCUGUGGCCCAGCAGAUUCCUGUGUUUGAGAGCUCUCUGCUUAAACGGCUCACAUGUGGUGCCCCAGAGAAUUGUGGGAUAGCUCUUAAUCCCAGCACAGCCAACCUGUCCAUUAACCGCAGCACAGCACAGGUUGUGGAUGCCAACGAUUAUGCUUGUAAGCUAUUUGAGUGUGCAUAUAGCGAUUUGAUUGGCCAGAAGCUGACCUCUCUCCUGAGAGCCAAUCAGAUACUAGAGGAGGCCCUGAAGGAGGAUACACUCGAUUCCACUGGGAACCUUGUUACCUUUUCUGCGAAAGUGGUGACUGCGGUGAGCUUGGCAGGUGCAGAAUUUCCUGUGUCUGUGUGUGUUCAGAUGCCCGAACAGCCACAGGUUGUUGAGCUUCUCCUGGAGAAAGUGGAGAGGAUCACGGCGCACGUGACUUUCACACAGAAUGGAGGAAUUCUGAGUUGUGAUCCCACUUUUGCCCAUCUCCAUGGAUAUCACACUGCUGAAGAUCUGACAGGCCUGUCGAUCAUGGCUCUGAUGCCAUCACUACAGAUGCCAUUCCACUGCAGGACAACUCCUAAGGUGUUGCGUGUACAGAGAUUGCGUUUGCAGGACAGGACAGGUCUGGCAGUGCCUGCGUGUAUCCGACUGCAUGCUGCUGUGUCCUGUGGAAGAUCGGCGCAUCCGGAACAUUCUGACAUCGGCAGCUCUCGACGACUCAGUCGGACACCAUCAGGUGGUAAAUCAGCUUCUGGUGAUGUCCUAUCCCCCAGCUCAGGUGUACUUUACUCUGGGUCGGUGUGUGUGUUCUCUCCCAGUAGCUGUCUUCUGACACUUCUGCCCAAUGGGACCAUUCACACUGCCAACAACAUCUUUAGCUUCCUGCUACUUGGAUACAACAGCCAGCAGCUGGUCGGCAAGACCAUCACGUACCUGAUACCAGCGUUUUAUGAGCGAGUUCGUGCCGGGAAUCAAAGCAACGACUGUGAAUCUCAUCUACAUGACACGUCCACCCCCACAGAUCCUUGUAGAUGUUCUGCUAGUGCUAAAUGUCAACCUGUCGAUGCUCUAACUCUCUUAACUGAUGCUAAUGCAACAAAAGAUGACCAACAAGACACUUGUAAUCCAAACACCGUGCUUGCUGGAGACAGUGUGAUGGUACAUCUGGCCAUAAGGAAGAGAGCAGGUCUCGGGAAAGGAAAGAGGAUCUUUACUGGGACCAGUGCUAAAUUGGAGAAGGAGGGCAGCGUCCCAUCAACCAUGACCUCACCCGCUGUCACUUCCACACCAAUGAAUGGGUUGGAUGAUACUACAGACCUUUGUGAACAGAUUGUAGCCCUGUCCACACGGAUGUCCGAGUCUGACUCUGCAAACUCCACCAAUGCUCUGCUACAGACCUUUGCUCUGGUGGAGUCCCUGGAGGUCCACAAAACCUGCCCCUCUACCCAUUUCUCUGCUUGUGGUGGCCCAUCAGGGCAAGAUGCCUCCAAGGCACCUCUUAAUCAAAAACUUUCAAACCCAGACUCUAAAGUUCAUCCAAACUCACCACACCCUGAAUCUCAUAAUCAGUCCUGUCAGUGCUCCGAGCAGGCCCAGCUUAAUGACUCCAGCUUUGAAGUGAUUUCCCUGGGCAGCGGGUCAUCAUCCGGAUUCUGUGAGAAGUUAGUGGGUGGUUCCGGCCCAGAAAAGCUCGAUGAGUCUCAACAGGGACGUCAGCUUGCAGAAUCUGGGAGCUGCUUCCUGGACUUGAACUCUAAUGGAGACGAAAUUGUUCAUGGCUUGUCGGAGAUGAACCUGAAUGAGAGCAUUGAGAUCCCAGAUGCCCCUAUAGAUCUCGACCAUUCGUUGACCUCUUGUGAUACUGCUGAACUUCUGCGUACCCCUUCACCCUUCAUUGUAGAAUCAGACACGGAGGUUGAAGAUAGGAUCUGCUCGGAAGAAGAGGCAACAGACGAAACUGCUCAAUCAUCGAAAGAUCAAAUACACGAUGCAAGCCCUCAGCAAAAGGCUCUAGAACAACCAGCACGAAAACACCUGGAACAUUGGAACCCAUCUUCAGUUGGUGUCGUGGGGCGUGUUCUAGAUCUCCGGAGGAGUGGUGGAAUGAUGUUGCCAGGUGACGCUCCUGCCACCUCCACCCCUAAGAAGGCUCAGACAAACUCUUUUAUUCCAGACGGCAGGUUUCAUGUAACAUGCUACCACAGAGAUGGUACUCCAAUCGAGGUUCAGUGUGAUGUGCGGCAGGCAUCCUUAUCCAAUGAUCGUUCUUUAUUCUGCCUGUGGCUAAGUGGGAGUCAUCUUUUGCUCCAUCAUCAGGAGGCACUACAAAGCAUGAUGUCUCCAACAGCAAGGACAGGAGCCCCAGAACAGGAGCCAUUUGCCUACAGCUUUGCUGAGGCAAUCCGUUCUGAUGCCCUGCGUUCUUCUGUGGACCUGGAGCAGUCCCGAGCAUGCGAGGGUCAGUUUGAGGAAGAGUAUCGUCCAAUGCGCUCCAUCGGAAAGGGAGCCUUUGGCUUCGUCUGGCUUGCUUCAAGACGGAAAGACGAACAGGAAGUGGUUGUAAAGUUCAUCAGGAAAAGUGCAGUGGUGGGUGAGUGUUGGGUAGAUGAUCCUGAUCUGGGGCGGGUCACUCAGGAAGUAUCCAUACUGGCUCGUCUGCAUCACCCCAACAUCGUGAAGGUGUUGGAGAUAUUUGAGAAUGAGGGGUUCUUCCAAAUGGUUAUGGAGAAACAUGGGGACGGGGUCGACCUAUUCGAGUUUAUCGAUAUGCAACCAAGACUGGAUGAACCUCUUGCAAGUUAUAUUUUUAGACAGUUGGUAGCGGCAGUGAGUUACCUGCGGGGUCAAAGAGUGCUUCACAGAGACAUAAAGGAUGAAAAUAUCAUCAUAAACUCUCAGUUUCACAUCCAACUUAUUGACUUUGGCUCAGCUGCUGUACUGGAACCUGGACAGCUCUUCUACACCUUCUGUGGGACUCUGGAGUACUGCUCACCUGAGGUGCUCCAAGGAAACCCGUACGAGGGUCCAGAGCUGGAGAUGUGGUCUCUAGGAGUCCUCUUAUACACUUUACUUUUCAGUGAAAAUCCAUUUUGUAGCGUGGAAGAGACCUUGAAAGCCCAGCUUAAUCCUCCCUGCCAGAUAUCCACAGAGUUGUAUGGACUGUUGGCUGGGCUUCUGCACCCAGUCAUUACUCAGAGAAUAACACUAGAAGAGCUUUUGGAGUCACCAUGGUUGCGGCAGCCCAUUAACCUGGCGGAGUACUCGUGGGGAGAGGUCUUCGCCUCCAGCAAUGUGUCUACAGAGCGUGUUGAGUCCAUCUCAGGUGUGCAUCAGGCAGACAUCUUCUACCUGGACCCCGACAACAACCAAAGCUCAUUAGAUGACACUCCUCUAGAGGAUGAAGAAGAGGAUGAGGAGCAGAGGAGAACAAUGACAGCGCUGCAGUCAGAGCUGCUAAAAUAUCUCACAGAUGAGUGAGGAACCGUCCACCUGCUGUCAAUCAUUUUUAAAAACGUCUCCAUAGAGGAACUAAACAGCUUUAUCCAUGUUUGGGGGAUGGAAUGGAAGCAUUAAGGUUAUUUAUCAAAUGUUAUAUAACCUGUCAUAGUGUUUUAAAACAUUUAUUCUGUUAUGUAGCAAGAUCUCGCACUGAUAUAUUAUAUUUGACAGAAGGAAAACAGCAAUGAUUGUCUUGUUAAAACAUAUGGCACGUGCACUGGACCUGGUUGAGGGUCAAAUAAUGCGUUUUUAGUUGUGUAAACAACUUGUUUUAGGUUAAUUUUAAACCUUUUUAAAUUAUGAAUUUUAAUUAUUUUAAUUGAAAUUUCUAUAUUUAUCCUGUGAAUAAAUUGUUAUUGGCAACACUUAAGUUUAUAAGCUGUCUGUAACUUUGUUUCGAUCUGUAUACUGGCUUUGUAAAGCCUCUGUCAAUCACAAAUGUCAUUGAAAUUUUCUUCAAUAAAAAUAUUUGAAGUUUA